UUUUUCCAGUCAUUUUACCUCCUCAUUUUCCUUUCAAUCAUCAUUCUCAGUGACUGAGAAAGUGAGAGGGAGCGCUCCUUCGAGCAACGAAAAGAAAAGAGACAAAAGAUAUAUUUGAGUUACAGCAAUCCUGGCUUUGGUACAAAGUUACUAUCGGGGCCCACCACCACCAGCAAUGGCGGCAAGCAACAAUGGGAGCAGUAGCAACCACGGAGGAGCAACCAGCCCCAUGGGCCGCACUAAGUGCUUUCUCUGUGAAGUCCCUAGAGGUCCCUGGGCCAUGAUUUACGAUUUUCACGAGCCAGUCUGCAGAGCCUGCUGCAACUAUGAGGGUAUUGAUCGCAUAGCUGAAGUCGUGGAUAAAGCUAGACAUUUGAGACGCUCACUAGAGCAGCAUCCACAGCAGCAGCAGCAUCCACAGCAGCAGCAUCCACUGCCUCCAUCCUCCUCAUCUGAGCACCACGGAUCAAGGAGCCCUCACGAGCUACCUGGGAUCAGCUUCAGUGCUCCCGGCCGCUCUGUAAUGGGCGCCGCAGUUGCUGCAGUUGCUCACUCUCCAACUGCCGCUGGCUACCACAUCAUUCCUAGACAGACUCUCAACGGGAGCAAAGUGGUCGUUACCAGCACAGGAAAGCAAGCCUUUCCAUUUCCAGCUACAACACUCUGUCCUCCGGGACUUCAAACCCAGCCAGUCAUUCCAACUACAGCUUACAGCACAGCUACCACAACAGCAGGCCCGGCUCGCCUCCCACCAUUCCCAGGGAUGCACAAACCAGUCGUCCCAAUGGAGAUUCAUCCCCAGCAAGAGACAACCCAGCGUUUCGCCCAGAUACAAGAGACACUUAACGUUCUGAGCAAGUCCCCACCAUUCCGCGUCCGCUUCUCCAAAGACCACUCACUGAUAGGUCGAGUCAUUGCAUUUGAUGCUGUCUGUCGUGGUUCUGACUACGAGCUCAAAGUGUUUGUAGAGUAUCCAAUUGGAUCUGGCACAGUCUUCCAGAGUGCCUCUGGAGCUGGUAGACAGAUGUAUGGUGAAUUCAGAGAGAGGCUAGGCAUUGGAGGUGGUUUCAGAGGUGCAUCGUCUAAUGGUUACAAAGACUUAGAAUUUGAAAAGGCUUUUGGCGACGAAGACUGGCGUGUGCUAGGCGAGCUCCUCACCGAAGAAGUGAGAUUCUUUAGAGGUGCCGUAAAGAAGGAACUCCUCCCCCAGCCGUUUGUAGAUCCCCAGCAUCCUAACGUACCUCCGGCAAACAUGUCAUCCACCCGGGGCUUUCUCAAAAACAAUCUCCUCAACCGUAAGAGGAAAUCAUCAAACGAGGACGAAUCAGACACAAAGAAGAAGCUAAUGGAGAACGGGAUGUCAGACGAUGGACAUGCCUCUCCUUCUCCCCGUGGAGUAGAUCAACCUCUCUCACCCGCAGAUUCUAACAGUGCAGCUGGGUCCCCUUCUCACACCAACAGUGUCUCAAGCCCUCAUUCACCUCCUACUACCAACGAGAAGAAGAGCCCGGAGCCGAUGGAGUGCCUCAUAUGUCACAAGGCGUUAGAUGAUACUCGUUUUGUCCAAUGUCCCUCAAUGGGGCCACACAAGUUCUGUUUCUCGUGUUCAAGAGACAGCAUAAAACAGCAAGUCUCCUCCUCAAAAGACGUUUAUUGUCCUAGUGGACUCAAGUGUUUAGUACAAGGGAGCUCAACGCCUUGGGCCUUCAUGGAGCAAGAGAUAUCUACCAUUUUAAAGUCUGAGUUUUAACUACAUAAUCUCUUUACACACACUCACAUGCACUAUAUCUCCUCCAUUAAUAACUUCCUCAAAAGAUUUACAUUAAUCCUUUUAAUGUUGCAUGAUUAUUCUCUCUCUCUCUCCUUUCUUCUUUUCAAAUCCUCAAUUAACUUUCUCUUCUACCCUCUUAUUGAUCACUGGUAUUUAUUUUGAAAUUAUUAUUAUUAUUAUUGUUAUUAUUAUAACAAUCUUUUAUUAAUGAAAUCUCUUUCACUUUCCAACAAUCAGAA